AUGUCCGACCAUACGGUCCGUCUCAAGAGCACCAUAGUCCAACCGACAAAACCACCUCCCGUCAAUAGGAAGGAAAUGUCUGCGUUGCACCUCCCACCCGACUCUCUCAUUCCGAACACUGAGUUCUGUCGAACUUGGCUCAACAUGCACGACGCAAUCAAACAACUCGUCCUCGAUGAGAAGUUAACAAAACUCGCCGAGGCUGUCCAUAAAAGCAAAGAAACUUGCUACGAGAAGGUAGAAGCCCUGCUCAACUACGCUAGUGGUUUGAUUCACAAUGAGCUUUGCCCCUCCUCGGAAUUCAUCGUGUUUGUGGACAACCACUCAUUCGUCCCGACGUACCAUCCGAACGAAAUUAAGGCUGGUGCUCCAGACUCUGUCGGCGUACUCGAGAGCGUCCUCAAGAAACUUCAGCAGGACGAGCGCAAUCGAAUCCCCUGGCAUCUUGUCUUGACAGCGGUCGAGGAGAAGACAGCUGUCGACGCGAAGGUUGGUCCGGCACAGUGCGGCGCCUAUCUUGGAUACGCCAAUCAGGCCCGGCCCGACAUGGUGGGCAUGUACGGCCUCUCCGUGUCGCCUCGAAGUUUCCAGAUCCAGUACAGCUGCCCCGCUGGACUUGCUACGUCGGAAGAGUUCAACUGGACUGCACAACUCGGUGGCAUUUUGGCGUAUAUCUGCACGCUGUACCUUCCCCGCACCGACUUCACGCCCAGAGAUACUACUGUCUCACUCGCUACUGGUCGUGAUAUACUUGGGCCUCCCCUCUGGGACAUAGACGUCGGGGACACUGUUUAUCGCAAUUGCAAGGUCCAAUUCGUUGGGGAACCAUGGACAAGGAUGACAUGGGUCGCUGAAGCUGAAACCGACGACGAGGAAGGCCCUACAGUGAUCAAAGACUCGUAUUGCGACGUGCGGACGCGCUUCAAGGAAGGGGAUAUGUACCAGAUUCUUCACGCGGAAGGCGCUGCACCUGGAUUUGCCGCUGUCGAUCGCAAAUACGAAGUCAAGUAUAAAGAUACCCCCAUCACAGUCUCUAUGAAGGAAUGCACGAGGAUCAAGACGAGGUUGAUCAUGAAGACCAGUGGGUUACCUUUGUCGAAAUGCAAGAACAUCGUCGAUUUCUUCAAAGGAAUGUACGACAUUCUCGAAGCCCACCGUUGGAUGUUUACAGAACGCAAGUUGCUUCAUCGUGACAUCAGUCAUGGCAACAUCAUCAUCGAAGCUGAGGAUGCUGGGGCAAUAGAAAAGUUCAGGGGUACGAAGCCACCGGUAUUCAUCAACAUGAUUCUACAUGGCACACCGGAACCAAUGGCUCGAUUACUCGACAUGGACAACUGCGCCAACCUCGAUAAAAGCAAGUUGAAGCCAGAGGAGGAGGAGGAGGACAGUGAUAAGCCUCUGCGAUAUCGUACCGGUACACCGAAGUUCAUAGCUCGAUCCGUGGCGGCCGGACAAAUCCGAAAUGUCCCCAGUGAAAUGACGCCUAUGCCCGGAUUGCAGUCGGAAAUAGAGGCGACUUACAAAAAUGUUCAUCACGGCGACGCUUCCAAACUCAGAACAUUCUCUGACAUCAACGGGACUACACAUGGCGGCCAUCUUUCACUCGAGCGGAAAAAGGGCUACAAAACAAAUCCUAGCCUGCAGGUUGCCGAUUUUGAACAUCAACCAUUCCACGAUGCGGAGUCCGUAUAUUGGUGCAUUGUCGUGUUCGUCUUGCUUGCAAAACCGCUGAAUAACGACGUGGACGUCAAUCCGGAGCGAUUGACCAACACCUGGUCAUGUAUUGCGGAACAUGAGGUCGGCGCAAUGGACAAGAGGUCCACUAUAAUCAACGAGAAUGAAUGGGCCAAGUGGCUUCACAAAGAUCUUCUCUUCAUCACGGCGCUCAUGGACGACUUAACCUGUCAAAUCCAACCUGAAUGGGCGCUUCUGUACCCCACUCCUGACCCACUCCAUCUUCACGAGGCAAUGCAACGCUUGAUUCUCCAACACGUCUAUGAUUGGGAAAGGAACAACAUAAACGUCGAGCUCGACACCGUUCACUCCCGAACUUUCAACCCCGUUGAGCGGAAACUGAUGGCACCUGUGAACAAACACCCCCUCAUCGGCCAAGUCAUCACCUCAAGCACCCUGGGAAAGCGAGGCUCCAACGCCGUCGCUGGACGUGCGCAGUCAGGUUCAAAGCGAUUGCGCAAGACGGGCGACGACGAACCUCUAGGUGCGGACUUGGCUGAGUUACAACAAGCCUGGGUUGACUCGCAGUCUGUGCCUGUGGCCGCUGAGCUUUUGGAAUACGGGUCUGAGGAUGAGGACGAAAAUGCCUCGGAGUAA